UGGGCAGGUCUACAAAUUAGACGUCAAGAAAAGUAUAAAUACAAAUACGAUUUCUUGUUCAAAAUUCUACGGAACUGUAAAAGGAACGGUGUAUUUGUCAUCUAAGAACAUUGUAGUAGUUGUUUUGUUCUCAGAUAAGAUUUUACUAAGCUAAAUACACUAGAAUUUCACCUAUUUUCAGAUAAGUCUACAAGUGAGCUAUGGCACGUACCAAACAGACCGCCCGUAAAUCCACUGGUGGAAAAGCACCCAGGAAACAACUGGCCACAAAGGCUGCAAGGAAAAGUGCGCCAUCUACUGGCGGUGUGAAGAAACCUCACCGAUACAGGCCGGGCACAGUGGCUCUGAGAGAAAUUCGUCGGUACCAGAAAUCCACUGAGCUGCUGAUCAGGAAACUGCCUUUUCAGCGGCUGGUCCGUGAGAUUGCCCAGGACUUCAAGACAGACCUCCGCUUCCAGAGUGCUGCCAUUGGUGCUCUGCAGGAAGCCAGUGAGGCAUACCUUGUUGGCCUGUUUGAGGACACCAACCUGUGUGCCAUCCAUGCCAAGAGGGUCACCAUCAUGCCCAAAGACAUCCAGCUGGCCAGGCGAAUCCGAGGCGAGCGUGCAUAAUAUGAACACUUUGAACUCUUCGAGGGAAGGCGCAGCAGCACACUGCCCUCCAAAGCCUGCAAAAAAAUCGCCGGACUGCCCCUUUCCUAGCUCUGCAUGGAACAUCCAGUGUCACGUCCUUGGUGACGUGUUGAGUGACAUCCGGGAUGACCACAGCAACAUCCUCUGGAAAGGGAAAAAAGAGGAACAGAAUGUAAACAAAUGCAAACCGUAGGUUCUAAACACUGGCCAGUUGAAAGGUUCUAGUAAGAUGUGAUGACAUACGGCACCUGUCAGAGUGCUCUCUAAGUGUUACUCACCUGCUUGGAUGUCAGCUGGCAGAGUGGCGAAGACGGCCAUCGUGAGAGUCCUUUCUUCAGGUGUGACGUCCAAAACCUCCAAGAGGGAAGAGAUGGGCUCUGCCUCUGUGUAAGUGGUGAUGUCUUUAACCUCCAGGUGGGAAGAUGCCGGGUCUGCCUCUGUGUUAGGGGUGAUGUCUUUAACCUCCAGGCUGGAAGAUGCAGGGUCUGCCUCUAUGUUAGGGGUGGUGUCCACAACCUCCAGGUGGGAAGAAGCCUGGUCUGCCUCUGUGUUAGGGGUGAUGUCUUUAACCUCCAGGCUGGAAGAUGCAGGGUCUGCCUCUAUGUUAGGGGUGGUGUCCACAACCUCCAGGUGGGAAGAAGCUUGGUCUUCCUCUGUGUUAGGGGUGAUGUCCACAACAUCCAGGUGGGAAGAAGCCUGGUCUGCCUCUGUGUUAGGGGUGAUGUCUUUAACCUCCAGGCUGGAAGAUGCAGGGUCUGCCUCUAUGUUAGGGGUGGUGUCCACAACCUCCAGGUGGGAAGAAGCCUGGUCUUCCUCUGUAUUAAGGGUGAUGUCCACAACCUCCAGGUGGGAAGAAGCCUGGUCUGCCUCUGUGUUAGGGGUGAUGUCUUUGACCUCCAGGCUGGAAGAUGCAGGGUCUGCCUCUAUGUUAGGGGUGGUGUCCACAACCUCCAGGUGGGAAGAAGCCUGGUCUGCCUCUAUGUUAGGGGUGAUGUCCACAACCUCCAGGUGGGAGGAAGCCGGGUCUGCGUCUGUUAUGGGUGACAACAACAAUCCUUAUGAGCUCUACUACUACAAGGCACCAAGAUGUCAUCACAACAGGCAUCUGUCAGAAUGCUCUCUAUCAUUGCUACUCACCUGCUUGGAUGUCAGCUGGUAGUGUGGUGGAGACGGCCACUGCGAGGACAGGGGGGACUGGUAGGGUGGCUGCAGGGGGCUGGAAGCAGCUCUGCACCUCGUCCGCCACAAAGGCACAGACAGAGCUCAUAUAAAAAGGGCUCUGGAGGUCAUCCGUGGAGAAGGACUGACUGAUUUUCCCGAGGAUCGACCGCACAGAGUCAAAAGCAGCAGCCCGGGAGAAAGGGAUGUGAGGGGAAGGGUCCUUUAACAUGCAGGAGAGCUUCUCCACUACAGCCGCCACCAUGCCCACGGCCAUCCCGCUUACAAGGAUUGGGUGCUCUGAAUGGCCUUCCUCUGGCUGAAGCCACAGGGCCAGGAGGAGCCUGGGCACCACCUCCACCACCACCUGAGAUGGGCUGAGCAGGUUGCUACGGGGCUCAUUGGACUGCUCGCCCAGAAUGCUCCUCACAGCUCUCUCCACGAUGCUGUGGACCUUAGGAUCGCUGAAAUCAACAAAAAGGAGAAGACAAAGCUAAACGAUGUGCAAUGUUCUCACAUAGAACACUGUCUUAGUCUGUUUCUGCGUAGUUCCAGAUGUGUAGAUAAAUGGAUCAAGUCAUAUGCAGGGCAGUACAUGGAACUCACGUCAGCUGGCGAGGUGGAGUGCAUGGAGCGACGGAGCUUGCAGAAAGCCUCGUGCUCUAUGUUCAUCAUUUUUAGGCAAGUGUUUACUUCCCAGGCCUGCAGUAUGAAACAGGGAGUCCCAUUAGUGUAAUUUCACAACAGAUCUAUCCUGCUGUGCUAACUAGUUGUUGAAAGGCUAGUAAAGAGCUCACUAACUUGUAGUAUGUCUCUAACUCUCAUUCUCUUACCAGCCGAGCGAGGUCGUUUCCCUCCUCCAGGGUUUCCUUCCA